AUGGAUGAGGAUUUAUCCCUGGAAAACUACCUGGACCAGUGUACAAGCCAGGAUAACUUUCCACCAACCAGCCCUCAAGUUUCUGCUCCCAUGAGUCCCUUUGCGGCAGACUUGCCUUCUUCCUCCUACCCGGGUACAUCGUUUCAUUCUCCGCCCGACCAGACCCACAACUUCUCGAUUGACCUCAGCUUCCUGCCGGAUUAUUUAAGCCCGGAUAACAAAAAUGAGGGCCGUGGCACGGUAUUGGGAGAGCAGCACAGCUCUCAGUCAGGAUCACAAGACAGUGGCAUCUUCCUGAAUGGUAGUGGCCUGUCCCAAGAGAGCGAUGAAAAUGCUACUCAACCAUUGCCCGAUGCUUCUGGGAUGCACGAUGCCUCUGGGACUUGUCUUCCCAUGAACCCGAUGACUCCUAUGACCUCUGCUUCAGAAGGUUCUUCAGGCAUCGUUCCACAGUUGCAGAAUAUAGUGGCCACUGUAAACUUGGCUUGUAAGCUGGAUCUCAAGAACAUAGCCCUUCAAGCUAGGAAUGCAGAAUUCAAUCCAAAGAGGUUUGCUGCUGUGAUCAUGCGAAUUCGAGAACCAAGGACAACAGCCCUCAUAUUUAGUUCCGGCAAAAUGGUCUGCACAGGAGCAAAAAGUGAAGAGCAGUCGCGGCUGGCAGCCAGGAAGUACGCCCGUGUGGUGCAGAAGCUUGGGUUCCCUGCUAAGUUCCUGGAUUUCAAAAUACAGAACAUGGUGGGCAGCUGCGAUGUGAGAUUUCCCAUCCGACUCGAAGGCCUGGUUCUCACACAUCAGCAGUUCAGUAGCUAUGAACCAGAACUGUUUCCUGGCCUCAUUUAUCGAAUGGUCAAACCACGGAUUGUAUUGCUUAUUUUUGUGUCUGGAAAAGUUGUAUUAACUGGUGCCAAAUACCGUUCUGAAAUAUAUGAAGCAUUUGAAAACAUCUAUCCGAUCCUGAAGGUCUUUAAGAAAGCUUCUUAA